AUGGAAAAAGAUGAGAUCAUUACCGAGUUGAGCGCAAAGCAAAAGACUCUCCCCGCAGAUGUGAGAGACACCGUAUACAAUCUCUCUCUGCGCGCGGUAAAUCCAGUAUGCAUCAAAGUCCGCAACCUAUCACUCGAGGUCAACACUACCCCACCAAUAUGGGAGACCUCACCAUCACAGAUCUGGCAACGCUUACGGGGUCAAAGGCCCUCAAAAACCAGCAAAACAGUCCUGGACAAUGUAUCCGCCUCCAUGCCAAGCGGAAGCCUAACCGCCAUAAUCGGAAGCAGUGGCUCAGGAAAGACCUCCCUACUCAACUUAAUGGCCAACCGAAUGAGUCUCUCCCGAACAAACACAGGCGGAACAACAACCUUUAACGAUAACCCCGAUAUCGCACGCAUUCGCAGCGCCUACGUCAUGCAAGAAGAUGUCCUCAUCCCAACACUGACAGUCCGCGAGACACUGCGUUACUCGGCGGACCUCCGUCUUCCACCACCAACAACUCCAGCAGAACGCCACGCAAUCGUGGAACAGGUCAUUCUUGAACUAGGCCUAAAAGAGUGCGCAGACACCCGCAUUGGCACGACAGCCCACAAGGGCUGCAGUGGUGGCGAGAAAAGACGCACAAGUAUCGGCGUGCAGCUCCUAGCGAAUCCAUCCGUGCUUUUCUGUGACGAGCCAACGACCGGCUUGGAUGCUACUAGUGCGUUCCAGAUUAUCAGGACUCUGAAGCGUCUCGCACUGGAUGGGAGGACCGUUGUUGUCUCGAUUCAUGCGCCGCGCUCUGAGAUCUGGAGUCUUUUUGAUAAUGUUGUUCUAUUGGCCAGGGGAGCGGCAGUUUACAGUGGUUCGGUGGAAGGGUCCUUGACGCACUUCGAGGAGUGCGGAUAUGUUCUUCCGCCGUUUGUCAAUCCGGCGGAGUUUUUGAUCGACCUUGCUGCCGUUGAUAAUCGGACGGAGGAGCUUGAGGCUUCUUCGAAUCUUCGUGUUGAGCGACUGAGGGAGGUGUGGCGGUCCAAGCAGACUGUAGUUACAGAUACGGAGGCAGAGGGCAAAAGAGAAGAGGAGACACCGAAACCUGAAGUCGGUAGCUUUGAUACUGGAGCUGUGAAGCAGGUCUCAUUUCGUCGACAGUUCAGCGUUCUGACGUCUCGCACUUUCAAGACUACCAUUCGUGACCCGAUGGGUGUUGCGGGUAGUCUCCUUGAAGCUGUUGGAAUGGCUGUCAUCAAUGGGUGGAUCUUCCUGCGGCUUGACGAAAGUCAGGCAGGGAUUCGCUCACGGCAGGGCAGUCUAUACACUGCUAGCAGCUUGAACGGCUAUCUCAUUCUGCUGUACGAGACCUAUCGGCUGACAAUUGAUAUUCGCCUGUUUGAUCGUGAACGCAACGAGGGUGUGGUAAGUGUGCCAGCUUUCCUUCUCAGUCGACGAGCAGCUCGGUUACCAUUGGAGGACCUUCCCGUCCCGUUGAUUUUCUCCCUCAUCUUCUACUUCAUGGUGGGAUAUCGUCUGGAUCCGGGACAGUUUUUUGUCUUCUUCAUCCUCACCCUGCUCACGCACUACAUUGCCGUAACAUUUGCUGCGGUGGCCAUUGGUGUAGCGCGGAGUUUCCCUGGAGCUAGUCUGGUGGCAAACCUAUCCUUUACGCUGCAAUCCUUUGCGUGUGGUUACUUUGUCCAGUCUAACCAGAUCCCGGUCUACGUGAGGUGGUUGAAGUGGUGUGCCUACACCUUCUACAUAUUUGGAGCUUUAUGUGCAAACGAGUUUAUCGGACCCAAUGGCUCGGAAAUGGGGCAGUUCUACGCCUGUCCAUAUUCCGAUAACCCUCUAGACCCGGCCUGCAAGCAAUACACCGGGCGCUACAUUAUGGAAAGCCUGGGAAUGCCGUCCGACUGGAUCUGGCGGCCUAUUGUGGUGUUAGUCGCGUUUGCCAUUGCUCACUAUCUCGUCGCCGGUCUGUUGCUCCAAUAUAAUCGCUUCGCCAUAGAUGUUGCCCAAGCACGAAAAACCGAAGGAGACCCAUCUAGUGGGAAAUCUAAGCUCGCUAUCCGCCCGACAGAGGAGGCGCGCAAAGUGGCAAUAUCGCUUGACAAGUACGCCUUGGAUAUUGAAAAGAGACAAUACCCCUGGAAAACCGCGAAGCUACUACAUAUUUUGAAACCCAUCACGGCUAAGUUCCAGGCAGGAGAGCUGAACAUUAUCAUGGGCCCAUCUGGAAGUGGCAAAACAUCACUACUCAACUCCAUAGCCCACAGGCUGCAUGGGUCCGUAGGGACACAAUACCGCGUCCAUGGCAACAUGCUAUACAAUGGCGCAGUACCCUCAGAGAGUGUGAUCCGCUCAGUGACAUCCUUCGUAACGCAAGACGACGACGCACUGAUGCCCUCACUAACCGUCCGAGAGAGUCUACGAUUUGCUGCAGGCCUACGCCUUCCAACCUGGAUGUCACGCGAAGAAAAGAACCGACGCGCAGAAGAGAUCCUAUAUAAAAUGGGACUCAAAGAAUGCGCCGACAAUCUUAUCGGCAGCGAGCUCAUCAAAGGCAUCAGCGGCGGCGAGAAACGACGCGUAACAAUCGCAAUCCAAAUCCUCACAGACCCCAAAGUCCUUCUCCUCGACGAACCAACCUCCGGCCUCGACGCCUUCACAGCAAUGUCCAUAAUCGAGCUCCUCCACAGCCUCGCCGCCGAAGGCCGCACUCUAAUCCUGACCCUCCACCAAUCCCGCUCAGACCUCUUCACCCACUUCUCCCAAGUCCUCCUCCUAGCCCGCGGCGGCUACCCCGUCUACGCAGGCCCCGGAACACAAAUGCUCGCGCACUUCGCCAAGCAAGGCCACGAGUGUCCACGCACAACCAACCCAGCAGACUUCGUCCUGGAUCUCAUUACGGUCGACCUCCAACAAGCAGACCGUGAACUUGUCACGCGCGAGCGUGUGCAGGGUCUCAUUUCUUGCUGGCAAGAUAACCCCCUCGAGCUAGGGCUAGACCGGCAGACGUCACAGAUUGCCACGCCUGGAGAACUGGGAAGUCUUAAGCGUCAGAUGCUGCCAUUUCGCGUGACGUUCCCGCUGGUAUUGCGUCGCUCGAUGAUCAAUUUCUGGCGACAGCCGCCGCUGGUUAUGGCGCGGUCGAUGCAGAUCCCGGGGAUAGCGAUUAUCAUGGCGCUUUUCUUUGCGCCGCUGAAGAAUGAUUAUGCGGCUGUGCAAUCACGUAUGGGAUUUAUUCAGGAGUUUGCGGCAUUGUAUUUUGUUGGCAUGCUCCAAAACAUCGCAAUCUACCCCAGCGAACGCGACGUCUUCUACCGCGAAGAAGCAGACAACUGUUACACAGCAUCAACAUUCAUCCUCAGCUAUACCGCAAUCGAAGUCCCCUUCGAAAUAAUCUCGUCCCUAAUCUUCGGCGCCCUAGCCGCCUUCGCAGACAACCUCCAACGCACCGUAACAAUGUUCCUCAUCAGCACAUUCAACUGUUUUUGCAUAAUCAGCUGCGGCGAGUCCGUGGGCAUAAUGUUCUGCACGCUAUUCUCGCACGUCGGCUUCGCAGUCAACGUCACAUCCAUUCUACUCUCCAUCUCGACCAUCCUCGGCGGCGUCAUGAGUCUUAAUGUCAACAAUGUACUGCAAGCGCUGAACCACCUCUCGCCGAUUAAAUAUGCCAUUGCUAACCUGGCACCGUAUGCAAUGCAUGGUCAGGUGUUUCAUUGCUCUGAUGCUCAGAGGCUGGCUAAUGGGAGUUGUCCCGUUGAUUCUGGUGAGCAGGUGCUUGAACUCUACAAUCUGGAUAAGAGUGGGCCGAUGAAUGUUAUGGCAUUGGGUGUUUGUACGAUUAUCUAUCGGGUUGUUGCUUAUGCAUUUAUCAAGGCUAUGAGAUCGCAUAGGCUUAUGGAGCAGUGGAGGGAGUGGCGGGCUCAGAGGAAGGCUAGAUAG